UGCGCAGUGACUUGCAUUAUAUCCAGCUGCUAUUGCCGACCCGCAAAUAUUUUUGCGAAUUCGUUUGGGUGCAACUUGCAUGAAUUGAGUCUUGAAGCAGUUGUCACCAGGAUCCGCUCUAGUUUCGUCUGGAACCGUCUGACCCAGAUUUGGCGCAAGUAAACAAGGUCCAAAAAAACGCGCAGAAGCAAGUCAUGAUAGAAGUCUACCGGGAAUGGCACAGCAUGUAGAAGUUGAAGACCUGCAAACUGCAUUCAAAAAGCUUCGUGUGAACAUUUCUAGCUCCCACAGAACGUCCGGCAUCCAGCGUCACCAUCACUACCACCACCAUCACUUGUCGACACCCCCGAGAAAAUACCGGCCACGACCACUCCCGUCACUAGACGUAUCAACGUCUCCAAAUUCAGUAAAGCAAAAUAUCCUUCAGAAGGAACCUAAAAUGUCGGAACAGCCGCAAAAUCCGCAGCAAGGCCACGGCCAACGUGUCUUCGGUGAAAGCCUUUCGGAAAACCUCGACUUUGCGUCUCUACAAAUCAAUGAUGCCCCAACUCGUGAUAAGGACGCACAAAGACUGCCGGACAUUUGUACCUUGAGUGUGGAUGGCUCUGGAGUGAGGACGGCGCUGACACCAGAGGUCAGGGCCAUGUUGAGGCCAUCGUCAACGGAUCUGACCUGUUCCCAGCAAGCACGAAUGGACGAUACGACUGUGGACGAGUUAGCGGGCUACUUCGAUAACCUCGUAUAUAUUCCGAGGAAGAUGUCGCUCAUGGCAGAGAUGAUGUACACGUAACAAAGGAGGUAACCGUACGCAUUCCAGAGACUUACAGUGGUUUGUGUUUGUUACCGCGAGGAAAUUUAACGCACGUGUUCUGAUGCUGCAUUAGCUAGGCAGGAGCUGGAGAGAACUGGCCGUGCUACAAGACUGGGCAGUACCUCUACGGUUACGCUGUGGCUUAGAUGCUAAAUUUACUUUUCUGCAUUUGUGUUCUGCACUCAGUUGAGAGCAAAAUGAAAAAGUAAAAAAAAACAUAAGCAACUCUGAGUUCCUUCGUUUGGUAGUCACAUAUUGUAACCUGAGGGGAUUCCACCAAAGGUUUUUUUUUCUUCCUGUCGGGGCUUUCAGUACUGUUCAUCCAAUAAAAUUUGGCUCACAUUUUUCAUAUUUGCGAAAAGCAUGUUUACAGAAAUGAGAGCUUAGCAAGCCUGCGUUAAUUUUACCACUCACAACAGUGAAAAAUGGGUUUGUGGUUGAUAAUGAACAAAGGUAGCAGAAAAGUAUUCAAGAGUGUUUGAAUAGAUAAUGAUUUUCAGAAAGGUUACGGGACUUAUCUGAAAGCCAGUGCUCCGACUGUAACAAGCUCUUUAUUGUAUUAUUGUUCCUUAUUGUAAGGCAUUCUUUUCUAAUCUUUUGUCCCGAGCCUGUGUUCUGAAGCAAUAAAAGCAUUGUUUAUUAAGA